UACCGUUGUCAAGCUUGAAUUUCAGUGCUGGCAUUGUGAAUUCGGUCCCCAAAAAUAGGAUUUUAGAGUCGGCAAAAGUGGCCCUUGAGCUUGGCAGUAAGGUCUGGCACGACCUCGAAUUUGAAAGGAUCGAUGACAAAAAGAUAGGAAAAAAUAAUAAUGGAAGUGUUACUUCUGGUGUGAAUAAAAGAAGAAAUGAGGAUUGCCCACAUUCAUUAGCUAUAAGUGGGGACAUGUUUGCAACGAAGGGGCGAGUGAUGGUGUUGCCAUGUGGUCUAACAUUGGGGUCACAUAUCACGGUGGUGGGGAAGCCAAGGGUAGCCCACGCAGAGACUGAUCCAAAGAUUUCGCUGUUGAAGGAGGGACAGUACUUGAUGGUUUCACAGUUUAUGAUGGAGUUGCAGGGGUUGAGGAUAGUGGACGGAGAGGACCCUCCAAGGAUCUUGCAUUUAAAUCCACGGGUGAAGGGAGAUUGGAGUGGGAAGCCUGUUAUUGAGCAAAACACUUGUUAUAGGAUGCAGUGGGGGACUGCUCAACGGUGUGAUGGGUUGAAGUCUCGAGCUGAUGAGGAGACUGGUUUGAUCGCACCGUGGCUUUCAGUUUAUACAUCUUUAUGUAUUUGUAGAAAUUAUCCUUUUAGAUUCAAGCUAGCAUGGUGAAAGAUGAGAUUUAUGGGGAGAAUUGGCGGUUCUUAAUGAAAGGAUGUUGUGUAUGUGGUUCAUAUAGAGUGGAACAUAAGUUCCCUGGAUCAAAUAGCCGGCAUCGGCAUUGUACGGGUUUAAUUCACUGUCUGGUCGCCAGAGAUGCUGAAUGGGUUGGUGGUGAGGGCGUAACACCUUUGCGGUACGGUACAAGGGUAUUUUCUUG